AUGCUCUCACGUGUUGUUGCUGUGAAGGCACCCCGCACACACAACCGUCGCUGCGUGACCGGAUCCAGCGGAAGGAGGAGGGAAGGAGGAGAGAGUGAGCCGCAGAGGCCCAACAUGUCCCGGCAUGUGUUUACUUCCGCGGUGCUGCUCCUCGUCGUUAUGAUGUACUGCAGCGCUGGGGCUUCGAACGCCGUGACGAGUAAUUCGGGGAAUGCGCAAUUGCCGCAGGGAGUCGAUCUAUUUGUGCCGCAGACGACGCAGGUUGUACCGAAAGGUGGAACGUCUCAAGAGACUAUGAGGGAUUCAUUUGUUUCACCCUCUCUCGUCAGUGCUGGUGGAGUAAUUGCUGCUUUUGCCGAAGGUCGCGUGUAUACCGUUAAUGCUGGUAGACAAAAUGAGAAAACUUCUUCUGAUGUUGUUGCGGGGUACAUCGACUCUUCGUGGGAUUGGUCUACUCUUGUUGGCAAGGUGAAUGGAAGUACAUGGAAGGCAAACACCGUGCUUAGUACAACGGAUGGAGCGGAUAAUCGUGUGAAUUUUUUUUACCACCCCACAACCACCACGAAGGG